AUGAGCAACCGCACUAUAUUGCAGGUCGAGAAAUGGGUUAGAAGAGCCCUGGACAAGGGAGUCACCGGCCUUCGGGAGGAAUUCCUAAGCCUCAAACGAUACGUCCCCGAAGGGAUGACAACGAAUGCAUUCCAAGGUACCUUCGAAGCCGGGAAAUCACGAUAUAAGGACGUCCCAUGCCAAGACAAAUACCGCGUGGUUCUGAAAUGGCCUGGCGUAGCUGAGGAUUACAUCCAUGCCAAUUAUGUCGCCACACCGAUUAACGAGAAACGAUUUAUUUGUACUCAGGUAGCCGCUUUCAUUCAUCAGCAGACCUCUACAUCAUGGAAACAUAUAAAAAGUUGUUUGUAAAA